AAAACAACGGUAAUGUUUGAGCAGUGAGGCAGAGACAAAGGACAAAAACAGCAUCUCACUGACUGCUGCUACAGCGCUGAUGAUGUCAUUAACUACAGCGCGAGGGCUUUGUGCGCAAAGCGCAGCCAAAACUAUCACAAACUUUUUUCUUCUUUUUUUUAACAUUAAUGAAAACUAUAAACGCCAGAAAGACGAGUGAUGUCGACAGAACUGUUGUCCUCGAGAAAAUGGGACUAAAUGUGUGUUUGAAGAGAAAGGGAGUCUGCUGCUUUCAACCUGAUCACAAACUUGGUUUUUGAAGGGAGCGCGCCCCGCCCUCCUGCUCCUUAUAACCAGAAAGCCUGUUUUGCAGAACGCUCAAACAUAACAGGAACACAGGAGACCACAUCGCUGCACAUGAACCAUAUUCUUGAAGACUGGCUACAAAGACUUUACGGAUUACGCUGGUUGUUUCGGCUUCUCACGGCGACAGAAACGACCACAAGUGGCCAUGGAUUUUCUCAACCACAACUACUUGAACGCGCGCAGCCCUUACGACUAUACUUUUAAUUUCUGGAACGACUAUCUCGGGCUGACGACGUUGGUGACGAAGAACAACAAGCUCAGCAUGCCCCAGAACCCCAACUCCAUCACCGAGUCCCUGAAAGCGACCCUGGGCUUGGACGAUUCCCCGGCGUGUCCGUGCGUAAUCGCGGGCGGCGUUGGGGAGAGCGGGCACCUGGACUGCUGCUGCCCGUCCGGCAGCCCACCGCCGGCCUCCAUCCUGGACCUGAAGGAGCGUUUCGCGAUACUGAGCCCCUUCCAAAACCAGCUCGGUGUCCAGCUGCCGGAGCGGGAGGUGGGCUUUGGUGGGAGCUUCGCCGGGUUCGAUCUGUUCGGCGUGGAGAGGAAGAUGCGCAAACCUGCGUCCAGGAGCAAGCAGGAGCCGAAGAUCUGCGUCUUCUGCCGAAAUAACGGAGCGCCGGAGGAGGUGUACGGCUCCCACGUCCUCAAGACUCCGGACGGCAGGGUUGUGUGUCCGAUUCUGAGGGCUUACACCUGUCCCCUCUGCAGUGCCAACGGGGACAAUGCCCACACGAUAAAAUACUGUCCACUGUCAAAGGACCAGCCAUCCCAGCGACCAUUAAAGGGGGGGAGGGCAGUGGGGGGUAAGAGGAUGAAAAUAUUCUGAACAGACAAGACUAUAAAGUUAAAUUGAAUUGCACUGAACAAAAAUUCCAGAUGACUGUUUUAAUUUAGCCUUUUAUCCCAGUUUCACAAACAUAUUGAUUUUAUCUCUUUAUUUCUCUAAGAUCUCUUUAUAUUUUUAUAGUUCAUUUAUCCACAUAGAAUAAUUUUAUGCUUUAUACAUUGGAUUUAUUUUUGUUUUCCUUUCUAGCUUGUAGUCAUUUGAGCGUGUGCAUAUAAAUACACCUAUAAUCAGAGUGCGAAUACAUUUUAAGAGAAGUAUUUUGGUCAUGUAGGGAAACACACUGACGUGGGCAAAAAAACAAACAAAAAAAGGAGGGAUGAAUGUCAUAUUUCUACCAAGUAUUUUUGUAUGGGGAGCUAAGCUCGCCACAAUUUCUUUUCUUUUUUCUCGUCUUAGAAAACCAAAGUUACGUUUUUUGCCAUUAAAGAAGCUCAAGAAUGUGUCAUGUGUGUCUGACUGGAGGGGAGGAGGGACUCUUUGAUCCCAGCUGCCCCUGAAAAACUCCACAACAUAUUUUCCAACUUGCUUUAAGAGUUGACAUCUAAUCUAUGAGGCAGGGGAGGGAAAAAAAGGAAAAGACAAUGUGGCCUCUGUUUGGGUCUCAUAUUCUCUGGGGAACGUUAGAAUCAGUUGUUGCAAAGCCAAACCUCUUUUCCAGUCCUGUGUGAUGAGGAGGAAUUUGAUUUUUCUUUUACUUUACAAGCAGUCAGACAUGAGAGAUGCUACAGCCUACAUUCUUUUAUGUUUACAUUCCCAUGGAAAGGGUGACACACUGGAUUUGUUUUCUCUGUCAGGUCUUUUGUUUUAUUUUUAUGAAUACUUUUAUUUUUGCCCUGAUGUAUUCACUCUGUGGGCAGGUCUUGCUCUACAAUAUAAAAUCCCCCCCGAGUGCGGGGUGAAACAGAACAAAUGAAUGUCAGUAAACAAACAAACAAACUUAUUAUCCCGCUCUUUCUUAUCCAAAAAAAAAGAUGCAAAAAUGUUGUGAAUGUAUGAUUGAAAGUGUCACUUGCAGGACUGCACAUGUCUGACAGUUUUGUUUACCAAAGGAAUACAAUUGCAUUGAAGAAAGAAGAGAGAUUUGCUGUAUUGUACAUAUAGUGAUGUUUAUUCAGUAUUUUAACAUUACAAGUGACUUCAGAGGGCGCUACCUCAACAGGAUUUUGUACUUACAUGUAAAAUGUCAACAGCAGUUUAUUGAUAUAGUGCUGCCAUUUAUAAUAAGGGGUUUUUUGAUAGUAUUUUUGAUCUUUGUAUAACAUAAUUGUAUUUUCAUUUUGUUGCAUUUAACAUGAUGGAAGUGAAUUUCCAAGAAGCUAUAAGCAUUGCUCACCACAAGGUGAUUGUCUGUAAAUAAUGGUGACACUCAUACUUUUUAAAGUUUAGUUGUUUAAUGUUACAUUCUUGAGAGUGUGCGACAGAGUGGAUAUUGAAAAAGGCCGAUGAAAUUUGCCACUUUUAACAGAGUUCUUUUCUUCUGGAUUAAAUGAAUAAGAGAAAAGAAAAAAAAAGGAAAACACUGUUGAACUUUGUUAUUUAUAUUUUGCCACAAUUUCCUGUAUAUGCUGCUGUGCAGAAUAACAACAUAUGAAUUCACUAGAGAAAUAAAAACUUAUCAAAUA